CCGCUGAGGGUAUGUGCCCGGGAUGAGCCUGCUGCGAAGGGGACGACAGAUUCCGAUCCGAGCGGGAUGGACGGAUGACAGAUCCCGAUCCGAGCGGGAUGGGAUGGGUGACAUGCUAGGAGUGAGCGAGGUCAGACUAGCCGGGUCUGGGUAUCGGUGUGGGCAGCGUGGUACAGGGGGAGUAAGCGGAGAAUGGUCGGGGUCACAAGCCAGGAUCAGCAGGUAGCGGGCAGCGCGGUACAGAGGGUCAGGCAGGAGGGAUGGUCAGGGACGAGCCGGGGUCAGAGCAGGAGAGGGUCAGCAU